UCUGCAGAACUGACAGAAACACAACUUCCGCGUUGAAACCACCAGCUUUCAGUUUCAAUUUUUGUCAAAACUGCGUGCAGAUGAAACACACGAAGAGAAGCGUAAUGGAGCUGUUACACGCGUAGGAGCAGAACAACAGGAUAUUGUGCUGUUAAGGCUUUAAAUAGCAGACCAGUAAACAUGCAGAUCCAUGUCUUUAAAAGCACAGAGAGAUCCACUCGUGGUCCAGACGCUCAAGAUGAGGCGAGGAAGCAUGUCUCAUCCUCCACAGUUAUCAGAGCUCAAUAUUGUGCUGUGGGGUCUGACUGGAGCAGGGAAGAGUGCCUCAGGAAACACCAUCCUCGGUGGAGACAGAAAGACAUUUGAAGAACAUCAUUAUUUUACGUCUGAGACCAAAACCUGUGCAUCAGCACAAACAGUGGUGGACAGACGAGCUAUCACUGUGAUCGACACCGUGGGACUCUCUGACACCGCUGUGAAGAUUACAGAUGUGCAGACCCAAAUAGAGCAGAUAGUACAGAACACACCGCUUGAUGUGUUUCUGCUGGUGGUCAAACUGGGUGAGACGUUCACAAAGGAGAACCACGAAGCUGUGAAGAGAGUCCAGAAGAAGUUUGGAGCGAAGGUCUUGAAACACACAAUAGUGCUCUUCACUCACGCGGAUCAGUUACAUGAGUCAGUCGAAGAUCAUCUGGGAGACUGUCGAGCGCUGCGGUCAGUAGUCGAUCAGUGUUCAGGAGGAUUUCAUGUGUUUAAUAACAAAGAUGGAGAUCGAGCUCAAGUCACCGAGCUUCUGGAAAAGAUUGAGUCUCUGAGGAGGAGGAAUGGAGACAGGAGAUACACUGAGCAGGACUACAAGAGGACUCGGAGAGAUCUCUGGCUCAAGAAGUGUGACGUCUUCGUAAUGAUAGCUUUAGGAGCAAUAGUGGCAGUUUUAGCUGGAGCAGCAUUAAGAGAAGGAGCUGGAGCUGGAGGAGCAGCGUUAGAAAGAGCAGAUGUGUUGAGAUCUGCAGGAGUUGGAGAAGCAGCUAUGAUGAUGGCCUCGGCUGCACCACGAACAGAACCAGGAGGGUUACUGGGAGCAGCAGGGGGUGCAGCUCUUCUGGCGGUGGCAGCUUGUGCUGGACUCUACUUUCUGGCAAGAAAAUAUCUCUCUAGAGGAAAUGAUAAGAGUGACUAAAAUACACUAGCAUCACGCUGUAUGUAGCAUGAGUAGAACGAGCACGUUUGAAAUAAACACAUUCACUUUCA